UCUAAAUUCCAUAUAAAUAUUGAAAAUUGUACAAAAAUCGCAAGAUUACAGCCCCGUGGUUCUAGUGAAGUCAAAUAACAAUCCCAAUAAAAAGUAGAGAAAAACAUUUCUCAGUAUGACGUAAGCAGGUUAUAUCUUCUCCCCACCAACCCGGUUGAAUUCCUUCGAAAGUGCUUGGAGUGGUGACUUGACAGUCUUGACACACUUAUCUAACCAUAAAAGUAAACCUCGAACUGUUCAAAGUGUUUACAGGAACGUGGGAGCUUUGUGAAUAGAAAACAGUACUUUUUAAAGUGAUUCUAUUACAAAAUGGUGUGUGAUAACUGCCAGAAGAAAGUGGGCAAAGUGAUUACUCCAGACCCAUGGAAAACGGGAGCGAGAAAUACUACAGAAAGCGGAGGACGAAAAGUGAAUGAAAACAAGGCUCUGACUGCUUCGAAGAACAGAUUUAAUCCUUAUACGGCCAAAUUUGAGACAUGCAGGAUAUGUAAGCAGAAAGUUCACCAAGUGGGUUCCCACUACUGUCAGGCGUGUGCCUACAAGAAGAGCAUCUGUGCAAUGUGUGGCAAGAAAAUGAUGAGUACGAAGAACUACCGACAGUCUUCUGCAUAACCAGGUAGAUUUUUUCUACCUAAGCUAUACCAAUAUUUACUCCGGAGAAUACUACAAGAAUGGGCAAUUUAGCGUUCUAACGUUUACGUUAACUCAUUGAAUAAAUGAGGACGAAGUGAGACUGUAUAGAAUUUUGCUGUUAGACGGUGACCUAAAGGAGGAUGAGGAAAUGAUUAGUUUGUACUUGUUGACUAAUGAAUGCACAAGCCCUUUUUUGUUUAAUCAGAUCUUAAAGAGCCGGCUGUUAGUGCGUAGGUGCUUAAUCAAAAAGAAAAAAAAACGUUUCUUUUGGUCUUGUUUUUUCUAGUUUUCCUGAUUUCCACACUAAAAUGAUACAUAAAAACGUUUUUUUACCAUGUACUUUAUAAGUGAGGCUGUAUAGAAUUGCGCUGUUAGGCGGUGACUUAAAGGAGGAUGAGGAAAUGAUUAGUUUGUACUUGUUUACUAAUGAAUGCACAAGCACUUUUUUGUUUGAUCAGAUCUUUAAAAGCGGCUGUUAGUGCGUAGUUGCUUAAUCAAAAACAUUAUUUUGGUGUUGUUUUUUCAGGCUGUUUCCUGAUUUUCACUCUAAAAUAAUACAUAAAAACGUUUUUUUUUACAAUGUACUUUAUUAAUCUAUGUUUUAACAAUCAAAUAAGUAAAAUAAAAUGAAAUCCAUAUUAAUCCAAGCCGAAAGCGGUUUCCGACUCAAUAACAACUAUAGUAUGUAAUUGUAUAGUUAAUUAGGAAAAAUGCCAAGUAUAAAUAACAAUAAUCAAUGUAAAUAUAAAAUAUUAAGUAGCACAACAUGUCAGUUAACCUUCGAUUAACUUAAAAA